AUUCACCUUUGACCUGCCCUGCUUCACCUCUGACCCCUCGGUACGACGAAAGAAGAAAGCAGCUCGACCCCUAUUUUACGCAAGGAGAAACCCCGUCCUAGGAAACAGGCUGGACAUGGCAAUGGCAGGACAAGUGUCUCUCACCGAUGUGAAUGAUGGAUCUCCCACCGGGGUGCCCAAGAUUGACUGUGACAGCAAAUCAAGCAAUGCUGAAGACCAGACGACAGCACAAAAAGUCCACGUGAAUAGUGCUAGUGAGCAUACAGGAGAAAAGCGUUACAAGUGUGAUCGAUGUGACUUUUCUGCAGCAUGGAAAUCCAGCUUUGACCGUCAUAUAGCAACUCACACUGGAGACAAACCCUACAUGUGUGGGGAGUGUGGGUACAGGGCAGUUCUAAUGUCUACCUUAUCCCGACAUAUGAGAAUCCAUACAGGUGAAAAACCUUACAAGUGUGACCAGUGUGACUAUUCAGCUACACAGAAACCCAGUCUGGACAAGCAUAUAGCAGAAAAUCACACAGGUGAAAAACCCUACAAGUGUGACCAGUGCGAUUUUUCUGCAAUGCAGAAAUCCCACAUUGACUACCAUAUAGCAACAAAGCACACUGGUGAGAAACCCUACAUGUGUGGAGAGUGCGGGUAUAGGACAGUUCUAAAGUAUACCUUAUCCACACAUAUGAAAAUCCACACUGGAGAAAAACCCUUCAAGUGUGACCAGUGCGAUUUUUCUGCAAUACAGAAACCCCACAUUGACUAUCAUAAAGCAACAAAGCACAUUGGUGAGAAACCCUACAUGUGUAGUGAGUGCGGCUACAGGACAGUUCAAAAGUCUAAGUUAUCACGACAUAUGAAAACCCAUACAGGGGAAAAACCCUACAAGUGUGACCAGUGCGACUAUUCUGCAGCGCGGAAAUCCACUUUGGACAACCAUAUGGCAGCAAGGCACACUGGAGAGAAAUCCUAAAGUGUGACCAGUGUAACU